CAGGUUCCAGUGGACAGCAGCAGGACGGACGGACGGACGGACAGGGGAACAGAGCGGUGUGAAUGGACGAGGGACAUUAGAGGGACAGGGACGUCUGUAACUCAACUAAAUCCGGAAAAACAACAGCCAGUCCUUCUGAAGGAUUAGCACCCUGUUCAUGAUAGCAUGGCCCUGCCCUCCGUGGUGGUGUUGCCCCUGCUGAUCGUCGUGGCAGCUGGGGUGUACUACAUCUACAAUGAGGUCAUACACUUCAUGUCCCAGUCCAUAGUGCGAAACAAAGUGGUGGUGAUCACUGAUGCUGUGUCCGGGCUGGGAACUGAGUGUGCCCAUCUCUUCCAUAAGGGUGGUGCCAGACUGAUCCUGUGUGGCAACACCUGGGAUAAACUGGAGUCUCUGUAUGACCAGCUGACCAACGACUCUGACCCCAGCCAGACGUUCGCCCCAAAGCUGGUGAUCGUGGACUUCAGCGACAUGGACAGCAUGGAGGACGUGGUGUCAGAGGUGGUGGAUUGUUACGGCUGUGUGGAUGUGUUGAUCUCUAACAGCAGCAUGAAGCUAAAGGCCCCGGUGCAAAGUGUCUCCCUGGAAAUGGACAGAAACAUCAUGGACAUUAACUACUUCGGCCCCAGCACUCUGGCUAAAGGCAUUAUUCCAACAAUGAUCUCGAGAAGAUCCGGCCACAUCGUGCUGGUCAACAGUAUCCAGGGAAGACUGGCUGUCCCAUUCAGAAGUUCAUAUUCUGCAUCUAAGCAUGCGGUGCAGGCUUUCUUCGACUGCCUGCGGGCUGAAGUGAAGGAGUAUGGGAUAGAAGUGAGCACCAUCAGCCACACCUUCAUCAACGCCUCGGAGCCCCCGCCUGAGGAGGGGCCCGCCCCCAAAACAAACGUUGUGGCUGCAUUCAUCCGCAGCCAGUGGGUCCACGGUGUGAGCCCCUCGGUCCUGGCCAAUGAAAUAAUGCAAACGGUAAACAGGAAGAGGAAGGAGGUGGUGCUGGCCCACCCCAUCCCCAGGGUGGCCCUCUACCUCCGCUCCCUCUUCCCCUCCUUCCUCUUCGCUGUGCUGGCUGCAGGAGCCAAAGACUCAGUGCUGAAUGAGCAGAUGCAGUGAGAGAAAUGGAAUCAUGUGAAGUGAAGGAUUGUGUGGAGAUGGUAGAUAAGUAUUAUGUGCUUGACUUAAGAUGUAUCACAAGCUGGGCAAAGUAGGCAACUCCACUGGGCCCCGGACCCUUAAGGCUCCAGGCUGAUCAUAUGUGUGUGUGGCACUUUCAAAUUUAAGAUUUUCAUCAAAUAAUCCCUGUUUAUCAUAUUAUUUAUGGUCUUACACAUUCUGUUAUGACCUCUCUGUAUAGUCCAUUGUUCCCAUGCUGCAUUCAAUGUACCUCCACGUGUACAACAAUGUAAUUCAGUGCUACUGUGUGUGCUAUAUCAGCAUCAUUGUUUAUUGUUAGCUUCUCCUACGGCUACAUAAAAGCAAACAGAGAAUAUCCGUCUUGAAUUGUGCCUUGUGUUUCACUUGAUCAGAAUAAGGUAUUGAUAUCAUGCACUUUAUGUUCAGUACAUGGAGAGUAUUCAGUGUCGGAUUUGCAGAUGAAAUAUCAGCCAGUAGCAGAGAUUUGAAGCAAAUAUGUGAUGAACUAGCUCCAACCCUAGAACUAGUUCUAAUAUGAACAUGUUCAUUUACUUAAGUUACAUUUGUAGGUACUUGUUUACUUCUGAAUUGCAAUGUUAUGACACUUUAUGGAAGCAAAGCAAAGGCAAUACAGAUAAGUAGUUGUAGUACUUAAAGGAUUAAGGUACAUUCAGAUAACUGCUCCAGCACUUACUAUGGUUUGUGAAGCAAAUGGACUUGGAGGAUUCUUGCUGAGUUGUAUCUUCAUGGUUGAAAGCCAUUAUUGUAAGGCGCUUUAGAUCAAAGUUUGAAAUGAUAUAUAAUGUCAUGUAAUGUAAUUGUGGCAGGAAGAAGGAGAAGAACCCCAGAUGGCAAGAGCAGACGGGAUUGCAUUUCACUGGAGUUGAAACUUUCAUGUGACAAAUAAAAUUGCUUGAUUAUCUGCA